AGUUCGGGCGUCCAGAGGGCUGCGGGGGGGCGAGGGCCGGCCAUGGUGGGCGGGCGAUCCGCUGGCGAGCAGCGGGGCGCUCCCCGGAACCGCGCGGCCGCCCCCGCCCUGGCGCCAGGGGGCGGCGCGCCGCCGCGGCCCGGCGGGGAGGCGGCGCGCCCCCGCGCCCGCAGGCCGCGGGCAUGGCGGCCGAGCGCGUGGAGCUGCCGCCGGGGAGCCUGACGUACAGCCGGGCGGGCAACGUCAACGUCGUCUGCGCCAUCGAUGGGCCGCCUGGUGGUGGCCAUGAGGGGCUGGCGCUGCGCUUCCGCAAGCUGGACAACAGCGUGUGCCGGUCCUACUGCAGCUUCGCGAACAGCAUGGCCGCGAGGAUGCUCGGAGACGACUACGUUGAGCCCGGUACGCUUGUCGGCCUCUCCCCUGAGAGCAUGCGUGCCAUCGACGAGGCGAUCUUCCCGGCGCGGCCGCCCGAGCGGGUCUCCCGGCGCCUGGACGUGGAGGCGCGCGACUCCUCCGGGCUCGUCCUGGCCUUGCGGCUCCCCAACCUGCUCGCCCCGCCGGUGGCGGCGUGCCCCAUUCGGGGGCGGCGAGAUCAAGCCGAAGUGCGGCCUGGUGGAGCGGCAGGGCUUGCCCCCGCGGUACACCCUGCUUCAGUACCACAAGUUGGCAGAGGGCAAGAUCACUAGGGUCUCGGCCUUCGACCCCAUCAAGCUCCUCGGGAAGCAGCCGCGGCUGGUGCGGCAGGCCCUGGUCGAGAUGCUGGGCGAGCCCCAGAACAACCUGCGCGUCUUCGCCGGCGCCCGCGCCGUGUUCGACGACCGGUCUUGCGAGCGGGCCGCGCAGGCCGGGCAGUCCGCCCGCCGCUUCCUGGACGGCGAGCUCCAGGCCGCGGGGCUCGGGUGCACCGAGCGCCUCCUGUCCCUGCUGACGGCGCUGCUGUGCGCGGAGCAGUUCACGGUGCCCGAGCGGCUGAAGCGGUUGCAGGCGUGGGCCGCUGGGGAGACGGCCAAGGUGGCCGAGCAGCUGCACGCCGGGCUGCGCGCUCGGCUCGGCGCCUCGGGCGCCGCGGCGGCGCUCUCCCGCCUGGAGGGCUACGAGCUGGCGCUGGAGGGCCUCGAGGCCUUCCCGUGCGACGAGGCGGGCAUCAACGUGGCCACCGCGCAGAUGGACGCCCUCCUGUCGCGGGCGAGCUCGGAGGACUGGGGCGAGGGCGCGCAGCGGGAAGUGGUCCGCUGGCUCUGCCGCUUCCUGCUGAGCCGCAUCGCCCACGACGUGAGCGUGAUGAUCAACUUUGCGUACGUGCCGCCCGAGGCUCUCAAUGCGGAGACUCUGGAGCGGCUCGCCUCGUUCAGAUUCAAGGCGCUCUCCUCCCUCGCAGCGCCCGGCCCCGACGGCGACGCUUACAGGGGUGUCUGGUGCCGGGCCACCAUUGUCGACCUGGACCCGAAGAGCCCAGAGAAGAUCCCCGAGUACGCCCGGAGCCUGGACAAGUACGCGGCGGCGUACUACCGCAGGCACGCCCAGGCCGACGCCGCGGCGGCGACCUGCGGCGCGCCCGCCGGCGCGACCUCCGGGCGGGGGGGCGCCCUGGGCGCGGCGGCGGCGCGGGGAGA